UUUCACUGAAUCAAAAUGGAUCGUAAAAAUUUCUUUUUACUGAUUGUGACGUUGUUUGUUUUAAAGGAAUCAGUAUGUCAAUUGACAGAAUUCAAUUCAAAUGAUAUUAUUUUAAAAUCAAUUCCAAAAGGCAAAUUAUUUUUACAAGAAUAUUUGGAUGGUUUAACUGAAGAAAUUACCAAAAAUAUUAAUCAAACAAUUAUUCAUAAUCAAAAAUUAAGUGUUGAUUAUCAAAAUUAUAUUAAAAUAUUUAUAAAUGGAUUAGAAAAUAAUAAAGGAAAAAUUUCAAGUACACAAACUCUUGAAGAGAAAAUUCUUCAUUUUAUACAAGAUCAACAAGCUUUAAUUCAUAAUUUAGCGAUAACAAGAAAUCGUGUUUUAAAUAUUGAUAUGAAAAUAUUAUCAACAUCAAGUUUUGAACUUGAUAAAUUGAGUGUAAUUUUUGAAAUGUAUCGUAAGCAAGCAGCUGAUAAUACUUGUAAACAAAAUUUAUAUAAUACUUUAAAUUAUUAUGAAGAAAAUCGAUUAAUACCAACUAUAACCAAAUGUCCAACUGAAAGUUUUUAUAAUAUUCCAACAAUAUCAUCACUUACAAAUUCAAUACAAAAUAAAAAUUUGGAAAAAUUUUCAAAUAUACGAUUAUCUUUAGUUGAUUGUAAAAAUGGUUGGAGUUUACUGUAUAAUAGAUGUAUUAAUAAAAUUGGUAAUUCAUUAAAUGAUUUCCUUAAAGAAAUUAGAAAUGAAAUUGAUCAAAAUAAUAAAGAUUUUAAAAAGGUAAUUGAGCAGGAGAAUAAAUCAAAUAGUAAAUGUCUUUCAGAUUCAAGAGAAGAUAUUAAAGAAAGAUUUGAUGAUUUUGCAAUAGCAUUUAAAAAUUGUAAAUGAAGAUUUAAUAAAACU